UACACUUGUAGGUGUCACACAGGCAUCAACAGCUCAUUCUUAUCAGUAAUUUGGACUUGAAAUCCUCCAUAGCUUCAUUUGAAAGAGGAUAGUCCCUGGAAACUGAAGCUGUUGUUUUAAAAUGUCUUCACACAGAUUUUUAAAAGAACAAACUGCCCUGCUGUGACUGGUGGCUGCUCAUAGCUAUAAAGCUAUAGCUUUAACCAAAGCUACCAGACCAAACAGCAGUUGCCUGGGAACAAAUUACAACAAAUGACACAUUCACCCAAGUGAGUCCCAGCUGACAGACAGCCAUGAUGCAGCGUGGUGAUUUUUUACCUGUCAAACAGCAGCAGUCUGACCGCUUAUCUAUUUACAGCUCUUUGCAGUGACAUUUGGACGUGUGGCAAUGUUCUUAGGCUGAGGAAAGAGAUAGUCAAGCAUCUUCUGUCUUUCUCUUCCCUGCUGUUUUGAACUGGGUGUGAGGAGGCAUUAAUGCUGGUUCAUAAGUUUAAACUCACUGCAAGUCUUAUUCUGAUUUCUGUUGUCAUGUUAGCAGUGUUGUCAUGGAACAAAGCAAAUGAUACUGUUACUCACAUUUUAUCUAACAGGAAAGGUAAAGCUUGACUUUACAGUUACCGCUGCCUGGGUAACGUGAUCUCACAGACUGGUUCCACGGUCAACUCUGUCGCCACAGUGCAUUAGUGGAAAAGGUUAACUACAGACUCCAUCACUGUGUGUCCCGGCAGCAGCAUGGCCAAGAGAACGAAAGCCAAAAGAGAGACUAAAAGUAAGAAGAUGACCUUGAAAAUGGCCCAGAACUGCGUGGAGCUGACAUUGGAUGGGAAACACCGACUGGAUCUCAGUUUCAAGGGGGUUACAGCUGUUCCAAAGUGCGUCCAGAAGCUCUUUCACAUGGCUGAAGUGGACCUGAGCAGAAACAUGAUCAGAAAGUUUCCAGAUUUUAUUGCUCAGUUCAUUAAAAUGACUGUUUUGGAUUUGCACAGCAAUUGUCUGGAGGAGCUCCCCGUGGCUAUCAGCUACCUGCAGAACCUUAAGGUUUUAAACCUGUGCAACAACCGUCUCACAAGCCUCCCAAGCGAGCUCGGCCUCCUGAAUAAACUCCAAACACUGAACCUGGGUCUCAACCAGCUGGAAGCUCUUCCUGCCUCCAUUGGUGCACUGGAGGAGCUUCGCCACAUUGGCCUUUCUGAUAACAGAUUCACCCGCCUCCCCGGCUGCCUCUUGAAGCUGAAAAAACUGGAGAGUAUCAAGAUGGACAGGAAUCCAAUUAUUGCUGAGAAGAUACCCACUGAGAAACCAGGACCACAAAGGUUCGUGAUAUUCAUAUUUGCUGCCAUCUUCUUCCUGAUGGGACUCUUCAUUUCAUGUGGCUUCAACGACACAAUCUAUCCUCCCUUCCAUGUGGACGUAAAUUACACGAUUAAACACACAGAUCUGAAGAAAUGGUCUGGAAGAGACAGCUAUGUUUCAGUUCAGGGGAAAGAGGCAGGAUAAAGACAUGGUGAUAAAUGAGUGUGUGGGCCGUCUGCUGAGGACCAGGAGCUCAGGACACUCAGACGGGGGCGUCGCAGCAGGAGUCACCGUGCUCCACAAUCCUCUGCUGUUCUGAGAUGUCACACUCCUGCCUGCACAUAGAAACCACAGUGAAGUCAAAGUUCCACCUGCACCUCCACCUGUUCUUGCAACAGCAUGAACACUGACAGAGGUUGAAGAGCAGUUAGCAGUGCAUUCAUGGACAUCUUUAAACUAUUAAUUGAAGAAUCUUUGGCCAUGAUGGCAUGAACUAGAAACGUGAGCUCCAGACCAUUUCUUCAGAUCUGUGUGUUUAAUCGUGUAAUUUACGUCCACAUGGAAGGGAGGAUAGAUUGUGUCGUUGAAGCCACAUGAAAUGAAGAGUCCCAUCAGGAAGAAGAUGGCAGCAAAUAUGAAUAUCACGAACCUUUGUGG